AUGAUAGUUUCACAUCCCGCGACCACCGUGACUUUACUUUCCAGACUUUUCGGCCUUACCUCUUCAUCCGGCACCAUGCCUCCUCCGCUGGAAGAGACGUCGGACGGCGAGUCUACUGGGGGCUCUAUCCCCUACGCGAACAAUGAUGAGCAACAACAAACACCCAACGACACAGACCAGGGCGGAGAAGAAGGCGAAGAAGGCGAAGAGGAAGAGGGCGUCUAUAUCGUUGAACAGAUUGUGGGCCAUGAAUUCCUUAAAGAUGGUACACUCCUGCUUCAAGUGAAAUGGAAGGGAUACGAUGACCCCGCAGAUCAGACGAUGGAGCCCGAAGAAAACCUGUUGGAGGGUGCAAAGGAUUUGGUUGAGGAGUACUACAGAGUUCAAGGUGGCCGUCCGGAAAAGCCAGCUCCCAAGAAGCGCAAGUCGGUUGGAAGAUCCAAGAAGACGCCCGAAAAGGCAGCACCUAAGAGACAAAAAAAAUCUGAUGGCAACGCUAUCGGAACACCAACUUCAACAGCAGGGGAGGAGAACGAGAAUGGCGAUAUUUACGCCGACUGGACACCUAAUCGCAAAAGCUGGGAGAAUGAUGUGCAAAGCAUUGAGACCAUCAUGCGCGAAGCAAACACAAGCAUCCUAUACGCGUAUAUCCAAUGGAAAGAUGGGAGGAAGUCGAAAGUAUCUCUUGAAACAUGCUACGAAAAAUGCCCGAAGAAGGUGAGUUUUUCAACUUGUUGA